GCCCCCGCGGCCGCUCCGCCCGCGCCCCGCGGGCACCGGACGCCUCGGCGGGGAGCGCGCAGCAGAAUCCAGUGUGGUUCCUAUGAAAGAAACCCAUCAGUGGUGAUGCUCCAGGACAGCUCUCACGUGAGGGUCCUCCACAGGAAGGGCAGCUCUGCACUCUGAUGGGUGAGGACGCCAGCUUGGUGACAGGAGCUCCCAAGAGCGGGCAGGAUGAGUUACAGCUCACCCUCUGUGCACGACUUGUAUCACAGCACCCCCACCACAGCCAGGCCAGACCCAGGGACAGCUCUGGAUGUGACUGUGCCAGAAACAGCCACCAUAAGCCCUGAGACUACCAGCUUCAACAGCACCAAAAUCCCAGAUGUGGCCAGCACUGGAGCCGGCAUGAGCACGAUGCUGCUGUCCUUUGGGAUCAUUACUGUGAUUGGGUUGGCUGUAGCUAUGGUUCUGUAUAUCAGGAAGAGGAAGAGGUUGGAGAAGCUACGGCACCAGCUGAUGCCCAUGUACAACUUUGAUCCCACUGAGGAACAGGAUGAACUGGAGCAGGAGCUGUUGGAACAUGGGCGAGAUGCAGCAUCUUCCCAGGCAUCGCAGAGCAAGGUGCUGCUGGCCGGCCAGGGAGCCGUGCAGAGACCCAGCCGCCUCGUGUUCACCGACGUGGCCAACGCCAUCCACGCGUGACAGCACCUGCCCCGCCGGGCCCGCGCCGAGGAC